GGGCGUGGUUUAAAGGGGGCGUGGUCUUACCGGGCUCCUGGCCGAGAGGGGCAGACCAGUGACAAGAGUCCAACCCUGCGCAAUCCGACGCAGACUGGGGUGCGAGCCGCGACACGGGGCUUGUGGAAUCCAGCUAAGAGCAGAGCCAACAGCUCACCAUCUAGGACUCAUUCUGAGAGAUCAUUCCAGAAAACACUGCUCUAGUCCACCACUUGCCAGGGAGCUUCCAACAUACCAGUAGGAUGGGCUCGGCCUGCAUCAAAGUCACCAAGUACUUCCUCUUCCUCUUCAACUUGCUCUUCUUUAUCCUUGGUGCAGUGAUCCUGGGCUUCGGGUUGUGGAUCCUGGUUGACAAGAGCAGCUUCAUCUCUGUGCUGCAGGCUUCUUCCAGGACCCUCAAUGUGGGCGCCUACGUCUUCAUCAGCGUGGGCUCCGUCACCUUGCUCAUGGGUUUCCUGGGCUGCUUUGGUGCUGUCAACGAAGUCCGCUGCCUGCUGGGACUGUACUUCACCUUCCUCCUCCUGAUCCUCAUUGUCCAGGUGGCCGCCGGGGCCCUCUUCUAUUUUAACAUGGGCAAGCUGAAGCAGGAGAUGGGUGACAUCGUGGGCGAGGUCAUCCGGAACUACAAGGCUCCUCCCGAGAGCAGCCUGCAGAAGGCCUGGGACUAUGUGCAGCAUCAGGCCAAGUGCUGUGGCUGGGAGAACUUCUCCAACUGGACGAGCAACGUGGAGCUCAUGAACUACACCAGCCCCACCAUCCCCUGCUCCUGCAAUAAGAGUUCCGAUGACAGCCGCCCGGUGAUGGGAGGCUUCUGUGAGGUCUCCAGCAAUGGGACCCAGAGUGGCAACAACCCCAUGGACUGGCCGGUGUACACUGAGGGCUGCAUGGAGAAGGUGCAGGCGUGGCUGCAGGAGAACCUGGGCGCCAUCCUCGGCGUGUGUGUGGGCAUCGCCAUCGUUGAGCUCCUGGGGAUGAUUCUGUCCAUCUGCCUGUGCCGGCACGUCCACUCUGAGGACUACAGCAAGGUCCCCAAGUACUGAGGCCACCUCCCUGCUGUCCCCAACCUCAGGGCUCCUAGGGCUCUCUCCUCGGCCCCCUCCUGAGGACCCACUUCCCACCUCACUUCCAGGCCCCUUCCUGGCCUGGGAUGGCCGGAAGUGGGAUGCUCCCUGGGGCCUGGAGCCCUCUCCCUGUUUCUGCUGCCAGCCUGGAGCCUGGCUGUCUUGUCUGUGACUCUCAGGCCCACUGCCACCAGUUUUCUCUCUGCAACACAGAGAAAGUGCUCCCAGCUUGACCCCUCAUGAGUGGGCCACAGCUCUGCCCACUCUGGGGGCUGUAUAUAUGGUGGGGGGAUUCAAAUAGGGGCGAGGGUAAAUGUGGCCCCCUGGGCUGUCAGGGGUUUGCCCACUACGUGGGUUCACCUUCUUCUCCACUUUGAUGCCUGUAUCUUGCAUUUUUCACAUUGCUCUGGGGGGGGGGUACUCACCUGACACUUAGAACAGCACCCCUUCCCCCCAGCUGGCCCAGUCCCUCCCCAUUAGCUCAGACCAGCCUGGUAUAUGUCAGGGGGAUGGGCCCAAGUGUGCUGGGCCUUGGGGUGGGGGCUGCCUGGGUGCGGGAAUCUGGAUCAACCUUGGUUUCUCCUGGGAGUGGCCAGAACUGGCCUGGGCCCCAGCACCUAGACUUGUCAAGGGAAUGAGGUGGCAUGGCUUCUGGGGAGAGCUAGGCUGGCCUGUGCUCUCCCUCCAGGGAGCGGGUGGGUGAAUGCUGUGUCUUCCAGGGGGUGGGCGGGGGCUCGUGUAGUUCUGUAAAAUGUACCCCAGAUUCAGCAACUGAAUAUUAAAGAGACUUUGUAGCAAUGGA